UGGCGCGCGCGGGGCCUGUGGCGGCGGCGGGGCCGGGCGGCCGCGCUUCGACAGCGGCGCAGAACCAUCAUGAAAAUGUUUACUUGGAUGCCAGGAAUUCAACUUCACUAGGAACUCAUCCUCCRAUUGCUUGAAGACACCCUGUCCUUAGUUGAAUACUGGGACUUACUAGACAAUGGGCACUGCAUAUUAAGCAGGGGUGGAAGACUGAAGCCCAUCUGGGGACAGAAUGAGUUUAAAAGAUGCUGACAGUGCAGUUUGCCAGGCAAAGGCAGCCUAUAAUCUUCAUAUUUACCCCCAACUCUCAACAGAAAGUGCUCCCUGCUGCAAAGUGACAGCAACCAAGGACAGCACGUCAUCAGAUGUCAUCAAGGACGUGAUUAACAUCUUAAACUUGGAUGUCUCCAAACAUUAUGUGCUYGUGGAGGUGAAAGAAUCAGGUGGAGAAGAAUGGGUACUUGACAUAAACGAUUCUCCUGUGCACAGGGUUUUGCUUUGGCCUCGCCGCGCUCAGGACGAGCACCCGCAGAAGGAUGGGUACUAUUUCCUCUUGCAGGAAAGGAACACUGAUGGCACCAUCAAGUACGUCCAGAUGCAGUUGUUUUCCAAGGAGACGGAUUCUCGGCGGUUGGUGGAGAGGGGAUUUCUCCCCUGGCACCAGGAGGAUUAUGAUGACUUGUGCAAUCUCCCCAACCUGACUGAGACAACACUCCUGGAGAAUCUCAAGUGCCGCUUCCUAAAGCACAGAAUCUACACUUACGCAGGAAGCAUCCUGAUUGCAAUUAACCCCUUCAAGUUCYUGCCCAUUUAUAAUCCCAAGUAUGUCAAGAUGUAUGAGAACCAUCAGCUUGGGAAGCUGGAGCCUCAUAUUUUUGCCAUUGCUGAUGUGGCCUAUCACACAAUGCUUAAAAAACAUGUUAAUCAGUGCAUCGUUAUAUCAGGUGAAAGUGGGUCUGGGAAAACCCAAAGCACAAACUUCUUAAUUCACUGCCUCACUGCACUGAGCCAGAAAGGGUACGCCAGUGGUGUGGAGAGAACCAUUCUGGGAGCUGGACCAGUUCUAGAGGCAUUUGGAAAUGCUAAAACAGCACAUAACAAUAACUCCAGUCGUUUUGGGAAGUUCAUUCAAGUCAACUAUUUAGAGAAUGGUAUUGUCCGGGGGGCUGUGGUUGAAAAAUAUCUGCUUGAAAAGUCUCGUCUGGUUUCUCAAGAAAAAGAUGAAAGGAACUACCACGUCUUUUAUUAUUUGCUACUCGGAGUCAAUGAGGAAGAGCGUCAAGAAUUUCACCUCAAACAACCUGAAGAUUAUUUCUACCUCAACCAGCAUAACUUGAAAAUUGAAGAUGGGGAAGAUCUCAGACAUGAAUUCGAGAGAUUAAARCAAGCCAUGGAGAUGGUUGGCUUCCUUUCAGCAACAAAGAAACAGAUWUUUUCAAUACUUUCAGCUAUUCUUUAUUUGGGCAAUGUCACGUACAAGAAGAAAGCCACAGGUCGAGAUGAGGGGUUGGACGUGGGACCUCCUGAAGAGUUGGACAUUCUUUCCCAGCUGUUGAAAGUCAAACGAGAAAUCUUGGUAGAAGUGCUAACAAAAAGAAAAACUGUGACUGCUAAUGAUAAGCUUAUUUUGCCAUAUAGUCUCAAUGAGGCAAUAACAGCUCGUGAUUCCAUGGCAAAGUCCUUGUACAGUGCUCUGUUUGAUUGGAUUGUUCUGCGAAUCAAUCAUGCACUCCUCAACAAGAAGGACAUGGAGGAAUCUGUUACAUGUCUGUCCAUUGGUGUACUUGAUAUUUUUGGAUUUGAAGAUUUUGAAACCAACAGUUUCGAGCAGUUCUGUAUAAAUUAUGCAAAUGAGCAACUUCAGUAUUAUUUCAAUCAGCACAUUUUCAAAUUGGAGCAGGAGGAGUAUAAGAGUGAAGGGAUCACUUGGCACAAUAUUGACUAUACUGAUAAUGUGGCCUGCAUUCACUUAAUCAGCAAGAAGCCCACUGGCCUCUUCUAUCUUCUGGAUGAAGAAAGCAAUUUCCCACAUGCCACCAACCAAACUCUACUGGCAAAAUUCAAACAGCAGCAUGAGGAGAACAAGUUUUUUGUYGGAACCCCAGUGAUGGAGCCUGCUUUUAUUAUUCGACACUUUGCUGGCAAAGUGAAAUACCAGAUCAAAGAUUUCAGGGAGAAAAACAUGGAUUACAUGAGGCCUGACAUCGUGGCUCUGCUGCGCAGCAGCGACAGCGCGUUCGUGCGGGAGCUGAUCGGGAUGGACCCGGUGGCCGUGUUCCGCUGGGCCGUGCUGCGCGCGGCCAUCCGCGCCAUGGCCGUGUUCAUCCUUAGAUAUUUUGCUUGUUACAGUUGGUGGUUUGUUUGGGAUUUUUUGUCUGCUCAUCUCUUUGUCAAAAUGCAAAWUUUUGGUUAUUUCCUAACAGGAGUGGUACGUCAAGGACCCAGAGUUCCCCUUGGAGAACUCCAGAGAUCAAAUACACCGGUAGAAAAAGUUUAUCGCCGCUCAGUGCUCGAUUUCUCAUUUGAUUGUUCUGAGGAUUUCGAUAUAAAUGCUUUYCAAGACAUCAUUUCUUUUUGUGAAAACAAGAAAGACAUGCAUGAACAAAUCAUCGCCAGUAUUAAAGGACUGCCCUGGCAGGGUGAUGAUCCCUGUGAGCUGCUUCGGUCUCUCAGUCAGCUUCAACACCGCUCCCACCUCCUGAAAAGUAGAGGUGUCAAGCAAAAGCAGAUCAUUCCCAAGAACUUGCUGGAUUCCAAAUCUCUGAAGCUCAUCAUGAGCAUGACCCUGCACGAUCGGACCACAAAGUCCCUUUUGCACUUGCACAAGAAGAAGAAACCCCCCAGCAUAAGUGCCCAGUUCCAGACUUCACUUAACAAGUUGCUGGAGACACUGGGUCGAGCUGAGCCAUUCUUCAUCCGCUGCAUCCGCUCCAAUGCAGAGAAGAAGGAGAUGCUGUUUGAUGAAAAUUUGGUGCUGCAGCAGUUACGGUACACGGGCAUGCUGGAAACUGUGCGGAUCAGGAGGUCUGGCUACAGUGCCAAAUACACAUUCCAGGAAUUCAUCGACCAGUUUCAGGUGUUACUGCCCAAAAAUGCCAAAGCCUCCAAGGAAGACAUUUGUGCUUAUUUGAAUAAACUCAAACUGAACGAAAACUACUAUCAAAUAGGGAAGACCAAGGUUUUUAUGAAAGAAGCUGAACGGCAGAUACUACAGGAUACACUACACAAAGAAGUGAUCAGGAAAAUCAUCCUCCUUCAGAGCUGGCUCAAGAUGGUUUUGGAAAGGAGGCGCUUUCUCAGGACGCGCCAGGCAGCCAUUGUUUUACAGGCAUGCUGGCGCUCCCGCUGUGUCAGGAUGGCCCUGCAGAGGAACAACGCUGCCAUCGAGAUCCAGGCAGCCUGGAGGCGGCACCGGCAGCGCAAACGCUUCCUGCAGCACAGGAGGAGAGUUUGUCUCCUGCAGGCCCUGGUCAGGGGGUACCUGCAGCGUAAGAGAUACCAGAAAAUGGUUGCAGAAAGGCAGAAAGCUGAAGAAAAGCAGAGAGAAAUGCAGGAAGAUGAAAACAAAGAGGAUGAUACAGGCAAGGAAGAACAGAGUGAGCCAGCAACAGAUGAGCUGCCUGUGAAACACGAGGCAGAGCCAGAUCAAGCUGUUGAAGAUGAAGAUCAAGCUCAAAAUGAGCAAGCUGAAAACCUGAGCUCAUCUGAGAAAGCCAUGUUAACCCAGAAGAGCACGACAGAGGGCUCAGAGAGAGUAAUCCACAGCCGGGAGAAGCGGGAAUCCCGUCGGCAGAGGGGGCUGGAACACAAUGACUUGCAGAACAAACAUGUGCUCCUGUCCUUUGAAGGUCCAUCUUCACAGUGCCAUGAGGAGCCAACUGUUUCUGAAGAGGCCCUGGAAAUUGCUCCAGUGCCAGAGAAAUCCACAGCACAAGAAGAUAAUAUCCUUCAGGGAAGUGGCGAGGGAGAGAAAAGUCCAAGCGAAGAAAAACCUCUUUCAGACAUUCCACCGUCGAGUGAGAURAAAGAAAGUGGUUCUGCUCCUGAGCAGCCACCCGGGUCAGAAGCAGAGGACACAGCAGCUGACAGAACGAAAACACAAGGGAAUCAAAAUAACCAAAUAAAAGGCAGCCAAAGCUUUAAUUGCCCUGCAAGGCCGACAGAUCUUGCACUGAAUGUUCGUAACACSCUGUCUGCUACCGGGAGCUUUCAGRGCCCUGCUGACACCUGGGCAGAGAAAAACAGGCGUCAGAGGGCAACCAAAGACCUGGACAGUCCCACUUCUGCAAUCCAGAGAUAUGUGGAUGACCCAGAGAAGCUGAAGUACAAGAGAGAGAAGUGGAAAGGAAAGAGACAGUCUGAUGCUGGCCAGAAUGAUGUGCUGAGUCAGUCUUUGGAUGGAAGGAUCCGUGUGGACAAAUCUCCUCAGGAUGAGCUAGAGAAGAAGGGGAGUUCAGCUUCAUUAAGUGACCUCUCAACACUGGCCCAGGCUGUUGCCAUGAACCAGCAAUCACCAGAUCCAAUAGAAGAAGAAAAAGGCAACAAGAAAUACCUUGGGCAGAAGAAGCCCAGUGACCACUUCCCUACUUUGGACACGGCUGUUCCAAUGCAGCCAGCAAGUCAGCAAGUGGAUGCCAAGUCUGCCUUCAAAAGCCCUUUGCGUAGACUUUUGGGGAAAAAGCCAGACAAGAAAAUUGCAAAGGAGAGUUCUGAUGUGAUUGAGGAAGGAGACGGCCUCUCCCUCAUAUCUUGUGUCCCCUUUCCAGACACAGGAGGAGCCCAGAAAGCUCCAGAAGGUUCUUCGGGGCAGCCGGGCCGCCCCCAGGCCGGGGAGCGCCACGGGAAGGAGAGCAGCAAAGCAAAGAAGAACAGAACCAUAAAGAUCAGCAAGAUCUCCAGCGUGUCUCAGAACUGGCGCGCAUCCAUGGUCCGCGAGAUCGCCAAUGCCAACGAGCUCAAACACCUCGAUGAGUUCCUCCUCAACAAGAUCAAUGACUUACGCUCCCAGAAGUCUGGUGUUGAAUGUUUGUUUUUUGAAGCCACAGAGAAGUUCAGAGGAAACAUCAAGACUAUGUACUCUGCUCCUAAUGGGCAAAUCCAUGUUGGCUACAAAGAUCUGGUGGAAAAUUACCAGCUCCUAGUUACAAACCUGGCCAAAAAAAGGGAAGAGAAAGAAGUCAAGCUGGUUUUGAAUCUCUUUCAAUCCCUUCUGGAUGAAUUCAUCAGAGGAUAUACAAAGAAAGAGGAAUCUGAGCAGCCCAAGCAAACCAAAGCCCAGAAGAAGAAACGGAAACAGGAUCGUGCAAUUGAGGAGCACAAUGGCCACGUGUUCACGAGCUACCAAGUGAGCAUCCGGCAGUCGUGUGAGCACUGCUCCUCCUACAUCUGGCCCAUGGAGAAGGCCUGUCUGUGCAGUGUUUGCAAGUUGACUUGUCACAAGAAGUGCAUGUCCAAAAUCCAGAACAGCUGUACCUCCUGUGGGAAAAAGAGCGAGCAGGACACAGAGCCCCGGCACUUUGGGGUGUGUGUGAGCUCCCUGACCAGCGAGAGGAACUCGGUGCCCAUUGUCAUGGAGAAGCUGCUGGAGUACGUGGAGAUGCACGGGCUCUACACAGAAGGCAUCUACAGGAAAUCAGGAUCAGCAAAUCGCAUGAAGGAGCUGAAGCAGUUGCUGCAAGAAGACCCAAACUCGGUGAAACUGGAGAAUUACCCUAUUCACACCAUCACAGGGAUCCUUAAGCAGUGGCUGAGGGAGUUGCCAGACCCACUGAUGACCUCGGCACAGUACAAUGAUUUUCUCAGAGCUGUAGAACUGCCAGAAAAACAGGAGCAACUCUGUGCCAUUUACAGUGUCCUGGAACAACUCCCACAAGCAAAUCAUAAUACCUUGGAACGACUCAUCUUCCAUCUUGUCAAAGUGGCUUUGAUAGAAGAUGUGAAUCGCAUGUCCCCCAACGCCCUGGCCAUCGUGUUUGCUCCGUGCCUCUUGCGCUGUCCUGAUACCUCUGACCCCUUGACCAGCAUGAAGGAUGUCUCAAAAACAACCAUGUAAGUUUUGGCAGUCUGCUGAGAAGCAGU